AAUUGGUAUUAAAAAAAAAGUAGAUGAUGCGAAAGUAAGGAAGGAAUGAAAAGAUAAAAGGACGAGCGGUUGAAAUUGAAACUCGAUAGAAAGGUGAAACCAUAGCGAAACCUUGCUUCUUUGUGCGGUGUGAGAUUCAAGAAGAAAAAUGGAGAUUACAACGCAGCAACUCAGCGCAUACAACGGCGCAGAUCCAUCGAAGCCCAUAUACGUUGCAGUGAAGGGUCGCGUGUUCGACGUCACCACCGGCAAAUCGUUCUACGGUCCCGGCGGAGCCUACGCUAUGUUCGCCGGCAGAGACGCGAGCAGAGCACUGGCGAAGAUGAGCAAAAACGAAGAAGACAUCACCUCGUCACUGGAUGGGCUCACCGAGAAAGAGAUCGGAGUUCUCAAUGAUUGGGAAACCAAGUUCGUCGCUAAGUACCCUGUUGUUGCAACCCUAGUUAAUUAAUUAAUUCAACUCUAUAAUCUCUAUCAUGAAUCAUCUUAUUCUGGAGUGUGUUUGUAUGAAUAUGUUGUUGAAUCCCCUUUGUUUCGAUAAUAAUUAGAACUUUUACUUUCUAGAAAGGGGUUUUGUGUUAAUUUAAUGCUUCAGGUAAUGUAAAAUGAUGUUAUACUUAUCGUUUGAAUCAUUCAAUAAAUUAACAUUGGUGUGA